GUCAACUGUAAGUGUUAGCACAGGUACAGAGGUGCUCGAACUUGAUUCCAAAAUUUUUUUACAGUAGGUGAUCAUAAGACGCUCUGAUCAUCUGACGACACUUCACUCCAAGGACCGACAUAUUAUAUAAAUAAUAAUUAAUCGCCAAAAGAGAUUUUCUUUGGUAAAGUCCAAAAGAGAGUAUAUAAAGCACGUUCCAAAUACACAUCGACUCAAUACUUAGUGACUACUCAAAAAUGCCAAUCACCACCAGCCCUCAAAGCUUCACCAGCUUCGCUAAUGGCUGGCUUAUCCGUCACAGGCAUUUCGUCGAACAGCUUGCGUGCGCUUCUUCCUCCGACGAAACUAACCGCAUCACUCUCCAAGACCAACAAUUUCUCGUGACCCAGUUCCUCUCUCACUGUCUCCAAUACUACCAAGCCAAAUCCUCCGCCGUCUCCGUCGCCGGAGACAACGUUUUCACUUUCUUCUCCCCGCCGUGGUUCACCUCAUAUGCAAGACUCAUCCUCUGGGUCGGAGACUUCAAGCCUUCGCUGGUGUUCAAACUCACGGACUCCUCCGUCGACGACCUCACUCGCCGCCAGAAAGAUCGGAUCUUGAGCCUCCGGGCGGAGACGAGGAGGAAAGAGAGAGACGUGAUGAGAGACUUCGCGCUGGUGCAGCAGAGCGUGGCGGAUCCGCCGGUGAUGGCGGCGGCGAGAGGAGUGGGGGCGAGGGGGAUGGUGGACGGAGAAGAGUCUGAUUUGGAAGAGGCGAUGGAGGUGCUUAAGAACGGGAUGGCGGCGGCGAUGAAUGAGGCGGAUGAGCUGAGGUGUGCGACGGUGGGGAGAGUUGUGGAGAUUCUUACGCCGUCGCAGGCGGUUAAGGUGUUGAGGACGAUCGGAGAGCUUCAUCUUCGCUUGAGGGAGUUAGUGGGUUUGGAGAGUGAGUGACCAAUGAUGAGAAUGAACUUGCUCUGCUUCUUGAACAUCAACCAUGUAUGAUUUGGUCUUAAUAGAUUUUUAAAAGCUUGACCAUUUGGUUGUAGUGAUUAAAGUGAUGUCAUGUUAUGUUUUUCCAACAUCCUAUGUAGCUUAUGAUGUGGUGGCCAUGUCAUUUAUAAUAAGUUACUUAAAUGCUGACAUGUUAAUUUGCUCAGUACGUGUAUUUUCAUUUUUAAAAGAGCCAAAAUAUAUAAUUGGGAAGAAAUAGCAAAAAGGAAAUGAAUAUUUUGCUUACAGUGACAAAAUUAGUAUUACAAAAGUGAAUUAUGUAAAGCUUAUGACAGAACCACAGAUACAGGUCGAAACCAAAUCGACAUCUAAAUGUUUUGAUUCUGACUAUCCGAGUAUUCGUAAUUUAUUUGCUUACCUGAUCCACAUUAUCUCCAAGGGUAGUUGUUUCUUGGCUUAAUUUUGUCUAUGUUAGGCCUGCCAUUGACUUUUAUGGCUGCCAAGUUCCCACAGCAGUUGGCAAAUAAGGACUCAUGGAAAGUCAGCUUAAUGGGCUUUUCCAUAAGCCUUUUCAUAAAGGAAAAUUUGCUCCUAUAAUCAAAUUUGUAUUCUCUACACACAACUUCCCCCUAUUUGCAUUUCAUACUCUAUUUCUCUUCAAUUUUCUUCCUUCCAUCAUUAUCAUUUUCCCAGAAUUCAAUGGUAUCCCGCUCUUUUCAGUAUAUUGAGUUAAUUUACUCUACAAAAAACACAAAUACACUAAUUAUCUAACCAAAAACAUCCUCUCUCUCUUUAUUUCUCUUUCUAUCUCUCUCUAACUUCUCACUACAAAUCUAAUUACCUUUUUUAUUUGGUUAUUUGGCAAAUAAGCCAUUUCAUAAACAUACAGUGCCCACUUUUUUCUGAAUGGGUGUAACACAAACAAUAAUGUCUCAUCUUCCAUUUUUUUUCCUAUGUCAAAGUACUAUAUGAUUGAGUAGUUAACCAACCACAUGUAAAUAAAUAAAAAACGACUUUUUCCGGCCAAAUUAUUUAACAAAGCCAGCCCUUAUUCAAAACCUAGUUGUUCUUGAAUUCUAAAUUUCUAAUAUCCAUGAUUUCUUCAAAGUUGAAUAAGGGAAGGCAUAAAAACGGCAUGGGAUAAAUAAAACGUGUUGACCACACUCCAAUUACAACUCACAAAACUUCGAUUCCUUUCACACUUCAAUUAUAAUUUUUCGACCAAUCAAAAGCCUCAAUCUCUGGGUCAAUAGUUUUGGCUUGACGAAACCAUAAAACCCGGUUUGACCCGACCCGGGCUCACACCUGCUUCUUCAUCUAUAUUAUUAAAGUUGAAGUACACAUUGAGAUUGUUUGGCAAUAUGGAUAGUAGUUAAAAAAAAUAGUAUUGUUUGGACACAUGGAUAACAGUAAAUUAGGAAAAAAAAUAAUGGGCUUAUGCUACUAAAACAAUUUGAAGUCCAUUACAAUAUAUUGGGUCUAUGUUACUUGAUAUAUAUAUUCAAAUCAAAAUAAUAAUUUAAAAUUAAUUUAUAUCAAAAAUUCAUUCAAAAAUAUACAUAUAUUCAAAAUUUGAUUUUUACUAACAUAUUUUCCAAUAACUAUUAUACAACUGUUUUCAAUAUAUAUAAGAAAAA